AUGAAUUUAUCUGUGAUUCAGUUCUCAAAGAAGUUAGAACAUAAUAUAUGUUUAAGGAUGUGUUUGAAUUUACAAAAGAUGCUCUUUAUUUUAUGGGUGAUACUUCUCUCUGUAUCACUGGUUGAUGGAAAGAGACAUCCAAAAUGCAGUAUAUGUAAAGAAAUAGCGAAUAACUUUCAUAAGGGAUUGUCUUCAACAUCUAAGUCAAACUUUGGAGGAGGAAAUACAAAAUGGGAAGAGAAAUCAUUGGGCACCUAUGCAACAAGUGAAGUGAGACUAACAGAAAUUCUUGAACAUUUGUGUGAUGAAGGCUCCAAAGAGUGCCAUUCUGUUUUAGAAGAACAUGAAGAACUUGUUGAAAGAUUCUGGUUCAAGGAAUUUGCUCAGAAGAAAGCCACAGAUUUUUUUACAUAUAUUUGUAUAGAAAACAUGGAAGCUUGCUGUCCUAACAACACCUAUGGUGAAAAAUGUACCCCAUGCCCUGGUGGCAUAAAACAAGCUUGCAGUGGGAAUGGACAUUGUCAGGGGGAAGGUACAAGAGAAGGAGAUGGAAAGUGUAGUUGUAACUCUGGUUAUAGAGGAGAAUUGUGCAAUGAGUGUAAGGAUGGCUACUAUGAGGAGUCAGCUAAUGAAUCCCAGCAUGUUUGUAAAGUUUGUCACAUAUCAUGCAAGGACACUUGUUCCGAGGGGGGACCUAAAGGGUGUGAUGAGUGUAAAGAUGGUUGGACAGCUGAUGAGGAACUAGGUUGUCUUGAUGUAAAUGAGUGUUCAGAAGAUCCAUGUGAUGAAGGCCAAUUUUGUACUAACACACAGGGAUCAUUUACUUGUUUUACAUGUGAUGCAGCUUGUUUGGCCUGCACUGGAUCAGGAGCAGAUAAAUGUAUAGAAUGUAACACUGGCUUUACUCGUGAUGAAACAACCCAAAAAUGUGUUGAUAAUGAUGAAUGUGAAAAAGAUGAAAAUAUCUGUCAAGGAGAAAAUGUUGUUUGCAAGAACAUUCCUGGAAGUUAUGAAUGUGUUUGUAAACCUGGAUUUGUUAUGAGGGAGGGAGUCUGUGUUCAAAAACCCAAAGAAACCAACACCACAACAAAAAAAUUAGAGCAUCCAAACCUGGCUGAAGAGCUUAAGAAAAACAAUUCCAAACGUAAAGAGUUAGACUGGGCCAAGUUCAAGGACAUACCCAGUGUUGCAUCUCACUUUCUUAUUGUAGCCUUGUAUGGAAUCAGCUGCAGAUUUGCUUCUUCCAGCUAUCUGGCUAGUUUUGCUCUUUCUGUUCUUCUAGUGAUUCAUGUAGUUUGGUUUGCCAUUCAUUCAAAGUAAUUGUGUCUUGGUCUCUACAUUGGGCCUUUGUUUACAAAAUGAUUAACAUUUUUUAAUAUAUAUACAAAAUUAAAGGAUAGUGAAAGAUACAGCUGGAUUGUUGUAACACCACAAACAGUUGUCUUUGUCAGAUGUUUCAUUUAUCAUAUGGUGCAUUGAUCUCAGUUAUUUAUAUUAUUUCUUCCCUAGUGGUACAUGCAAUACAGUUUAGUCAUAUUCCAGUAAGUAUUAAAAAACAUGAUUUGUAUAUACUCAUUUAAGAUGCAUAAUACAAUUGGCAUUGUGUAUAGACAUUAUUUAGCUUGGAACUCCAGAUGACACUUAAAUUUAAACCAUUUUGGAGAAUGUGCAGUUAUAAAUGUUUUGAUUGUAUUGAUUUGUAUCAACCAUUGUAAUAGUAAUAUGAAAUUUUGAAAUAUACAUGUCUUUUGCAUUUGUAAAUCAUUAAGCUAUUUUCUCAUAAUAUAGAUCUACCACUGUAUUUUAGUUUAAAGCCUGUUUCUUUUUAAAAAUUGUUUUCUAAUGUAUUGAAAAAAAUCUAUUCCCUUAACUAUGUAUGGAGUGUCAAUAUUUUUGUAAUUUAAAAAUUAUAUUAUGUAUAUUGAUAGAUUGCACUUUCUAGAAAUACAGUUCAGUGCAUGUUUUUAAAAAAAGAUUCAUGUUUAUUAAUGAUAACAUGUGCUACAUAUAGAUUAAAGUUUUUAACAUGAUACUAUGCAGCUUUCCAUCUAUAGAUGCCUGAGAAAU